AUGUUGCCGAAGCUACCAAUCAACCUCCCGCCCCAUCUUAGUCUCAAACUCAUCAAAACUUACUGUGAUUCCGGUGAUCUACGACGUGCCCGCCAGCUGUUUGAUAAAAUUACCAGCCCAGAUUUGCAUUCAUGGACGACGUUAAUAUCAGCUUACACACGACAUGAUCUCCAAAAAGAAGCUAUUAAUCUGUACACCCGGUUAAGGGACAUCGGAUUCCAACCCGAUAGAUUUGUUCUUCUGUCAGUUGUCAAGGCUUGUUCCACAUCUGGAGAUCUUAUUCAAGCUCAGAGAGCUCAUAAAGAUGCUGUCAUGUUUGGGUUUCAUCACGAUCUUUUGUUAGGGAAUGCAAUGAUAGACAUGUUUGCAAAAUGCAAGCAUCUUGAAGGCGCCAAAACAGCUUUUAACGAUUUACAGGUUAGAGAUGUAAUUUCUUGGACAUCAAUCUGUUCUUGUUAUGUUAGUUGUGGGUAUCCCAGAAAGGGCCUUCAAGCCUUUAGAGAGAUGGGGUUAGAUGGAGUAAAACCCAACUCGGUUUCACUUUCUUCAAUCCUUCCUGCUUGUUCUAAUUUAAAGUGUUUGGAUUUAGGUAGAGAAAUACACGGAUUUGUGGUGAAAACUGGAAUGGGAGCAAAUGUGUUUGUCAGUAGUGCACUUAUAAAUAUGUAUGCUACUUGCUUAUGCAUCAAAGAGGCUGAAAUAAUAUUCAAUCAAAUGGUUAACAAAGAUAUUGUGUCUCAUAAUGUAAUGCUAUCAGCAUAUUUUGAGAAUGGAGAACCCGAAAAAGCAGUAUCCAUGUUCAAAAAGAUGAAAGAAAAUCAUUCCAAGUUAAAUUACGCAUCAUGGAAUUCCAUUCUCUCUGGAUGCUUUCAAUCUGGACAAACACAAGAAGCAUUAAACUUACUUUCAGAAAUGCAAGACUCAGGAUUCAAACCCAAUCAGAUUACAUUGACUUCUGUGUUGACCGCAUGUACAAAUUCAGAAAGCUUGAGGGGAGGUAAGGAGAUUCAUGGUUACAUCUUUAGACACUGUUUCUUGAAUGACACAACUGUCUUAACAGCUCUUAUCUUCAUGUAUGCUAAAUGUGGGAAACUUAAAUUCUCUCAAAAAGCAUUUGAGAUGAUGCAUACAAGAGACACGAUUGCUUGGAACACAAUGAUUAUGGCAAACUCAAUGCAUGGAAAUGGAGAAGAAGCAUUAACUCUCUUUACUCAAAUGCUAAAAUCCAGUGUGAAACCGAAUGCGAUUACUUUCACAGGUGUUCUUUCUGGUUGUAGCCACUCAAAGUUAGUAGAUGAGGGCCUUUCUGUUUUCAACUCAAUGAGUAAAGUUCAUUUGAUUGAACCAGAUGCUGAACACCAUUCAUGUGUUGUAGAUGUUUUAAGUCGUGCAGGAAGGUUAGAAGAGGCGUAUAAAUUCAUACAAAAUAUGUCAAUAAAAGCAACUCCUUCUGCUUGGGGAGCUUUACUUGGUGGAUGUAGAGUGUAUAAAAAUGUCGAUUUGGCACGAAUUGUAGCAAAAAAGCUAUUUGAGAUUGAACCAAACAACCCCGGGAAUUAUGUUUCGUUAUCUAACAUUCUUGUGAAUGCUAAACUAUGGGGGGAAGCUUCAGAAACUAGGAAAGCAAUGAGGGAUAAAGGAAUGAAGAAAGAACCAGGUUGUAGUUGGGUACAAGUCAAGAACAAGGUGCAUACUUUUGUGGUUGGAGACAAGAGGAAUGAACAUAGUGAUGAUAUUUAUAAGUUCUUGAGUGAUAUGAGUGAUAAAAUGAGGCAAGCUGGAUACUUACCUGACACAGAGUUUGUUCUUCAAGAUCUUGAUGGGGAGGAGAAAGAGGACACGUUGUGUAAUCAUAGUGAGAAACUUGCUGUUGCGUUUGGGAUUAUGAAUUUGAAAGGUGAAUCGGAGAUUACAGUGUUCAAGAAUUUGAGAAUUUGUGGGGAUUGUCAUAAUGCUAUAAAGUUUAUGGCGAAAAUUGUUGGGGUGAGAAUAGUUGUGAGAGAUUCUUUGAGGUUUCAUCAUUUUAGAGAUGGGUUUUGUUCAUGUAAGGAUUUUUGGUGA